ACGGAGCCCAUUUCCUCUUCUGCAGGCCUGCCUGAGAGAGAGAGAGAGGUAGAGAGGGAGGGAGGGAGAGAGAGAGAGAGGCAGCAGUGUAUUCCGUUUUUUUUUUUAUAUUCCUACAGGCUUGUGUUCGGGUUCCGCUUUGGAUGAUAAACCGAAUUAAAACCGAAUUAAAACCGAAGUAAAACCCCCAGAGAAGUCCGCGGAGUUGAAGCCGUCUGCCCAGUGCCGGAGGAGAGGCAGAGAGAGAAGGGGAUCCAGCACGCUCUGAUGCUACCUGUUACCCUGUGACACCUGCUUGUGGAGACUGCGACCCCCACCCCCCGACACACACAAUGUCUGGGCUACAGACGCCAUGGCCGCCAGGCACUGAGUGUGUGGCUAAGUAUAACUUCCAGGGCACCACACAGCAGGAUCUGCCCUUCUCUAAAGGAGACGUCCUGAGCAUCAUCGGCGUCACGAAGGACCCUAACUGGUACAUGGCAAAGAACACUGUGGGGAAGGAGGGGACGAUCCCAGCCAACUACGUGCAGAAACGAGAAGGAGUGAAAUCAGGAGGGAAACUGAGCCUGAUGCCGUGGUUCCACGGGAAGAUUACGAGAGACCAGGCCGAGCGGUUGCUCUACCCCCCAGAGACGGGGUUGUUUCUUGUGCGUGAAAGCACCAACUACCCCGGCGAUUACACGCUGUGUGUGAGCUGCGAGGGGAAGGUGGAGCACUACCGCAUCAUCUACCACAAUGGCAAGCUCUCCAUCGACGAGGAGGAGUACUUCGACAACCUCAUGCAGCUGGUGGAGCAUUACACCAAAGACCCGGAUGGUUUGUGUACUCGGUUGAUCAAGCCAAAGCUUAUGGAGGGAACAGUAGCAGCACAGGAUGAGUUCUCCAGGAGUGGCUGGGCUCUCAAAAGAAAGGACCUGAUUCUCAAACAGACCAUCGGCAAAGGAGAGUUUGGAGACGUAAUGGUGGGAGACUACAGAGGGACCAAGGUGGCAGUGAAGUGUAUCAAACACGAUGCCACAGCGCAGGCCUUCAUCGCCGAGGCUUCGGUCAUGACGCAGCUGAGGCAUCCUAACCUAGUACAGUUGCUUGGAGUGAUCGUGGAGGAGAGGGGCAGCCUCUUCAUCGUCACCGAGUACAUGGCCAAGGGCAGUUUAGUGGACUACCUGCGCUCGCGAGGGCGCACUGUGCUGGGGGUUGAGUGCCUACUCAAAUUCUCACUUGAUGUGUGUGAGGCGAUGGAGUACCUCGAGGCCAAUAACUUUGUGCACAGGGACCUGGCGGCGCGGAACGUUCUAGUAUCCGAAGACAACAUUGCUAAAGUGAGCGACUUCGGUCUGACCAAGGAAGCAUCGUCCACUCAGGACACGGCCAAGCUGCCUGUCAAAUGGACGUCACCCGAGGCACUUCGAGAGAAGAGGUUUUCCACCAAGUCUGACGUGUGGAGUUACGGUGUCCUGCUCUGGGAGAUUUACUCCUUCGGCCGUGUGCCUUACCCCAGAAUUCCUCUGAAGGAGGUGGUGCCGCGGGUGGAGAAGGGCUAUAAGAUGGACGCUCCGGACGGCUGCCCCGCUGUGGUGUACGACCUCAUGAAGCAGUGCUGGACCCUGGACCCGGUGAUGCGGCCUUCCUUCCGCAUGCUGCGUGACAAGCUGCAGCACAUCAGAGCCAAAGGACUCUACCUGUGAAGAGGAGGGGGGGCCACACCCACGCUUUUUUACCCAGGAGGAGGUGGGGAGGCGGGUAGAGACGCAGCGGGCGUCUGCCUCAUCAAGCAGCGUCUCAGGCUCCGGCUUGUCCUUUCAUUCGUCUUUGGGACUUUUAUUAUUUUUUUGGACUGUUAAUCUGGACACACUCGUGCUGUGUUUCUGUGGGGAGUGGAAGCUUAUUAGACACGUGUGUGUGUGUGUGUGUGUGUGUGUGUGUGUGUGUGUGUGCGUGUG